AUGGCCCCAGACGAUGGAUUGCUUCUCCUCUUGCUGCUCGUACCGCUCGUGUUUGUGGGAUGGCUUUAUAUGAUCGUCUCAAAACCAACCAUCAUAUUACAUACUGCUCAAACUUUCUUCAACUUCCUGGCCAUGUGCUGCUUUGCCAGCGUUGCCGCGUUUCAGUCCCACUGGGGAAUAGGCGUCUCCGGCCUAUCCGGAUUUACUCUGUUUGUCACAAUAUCGGGAAUGUUCCUGGCCCUCUUCAUGCUCCUCGUACCCGUCAUGUAUGAGAAAUACGACAAGGGGGCCAGGCUGGCACGCGCCAUGAAGGAAAUUCGUGUCCAGUUCAUCCUGACUGGCACGGGGAUCACUUUUGCUCUGCUGAUUGCGUUCAUCGUGACGAUCUCCGCGUGGACUGAACCGGGAUGCAAGAACGCCGACAAAGACCCUCACGAAAAGCUGGGCGACUCCUUCAAAAACGCGCUCGGCGGCUGGUGUAACACCAAGAAGGCCGCCGCCAUCUUCCUCUGGCUCGCAUUCGUCUCAUGGGGUGGUACGCUCGCGCUCACCGUCAGAGACUGGCGCUCGGGCGCCGCCGUCCGCCCGCGCGACCCGCCUUUCCAACCACCCGUCAUGCCCUCCGACCACGAGGACGAGUUCGACGACGAGGAGUCGCAGUACCACCAGAUCCCGCCCGCCGGCCGUCGGCCGACGCUCGACAACUCGGACUCGCCCACCUCGCCGUUCAACGACCGGAACCGGUACACGUACGCCUCGUCCGACGCGCCGCCCGUGCUCCCCCGGCCGAGCAUGGACGCGUACGGCGCGUUCUCCGACCCCGCGCCGAGCGGGUACGGCGCCGGCGCCGGCAUCAGCAGUCCGACGGCGGAGGCGCCCGCGGUGAGCCGGACGAUGCAGUAUGCGGACCCGUACGCGGCGGUGAGGGCGUCGAUCGCGGGCGCACCCGCGGCGAGCACGCCCCCGAGCUACGAGAGCUAUCAAGGAUAUCGGUGA